GAAAGACGGCAACCUAGGUUCCGGAAGCCGGGGAGUUGGAGCUCAGAAGGUCUGCCUGCCAAAGGAUGCUGAGUCCGGAGCGCUUAGCCCUGCCGGACUACGAGUAUCUGGCUCAGCAACAUGUCCUUACGUACAUGGAGGAUGCUGUGUGCCAGCUGCUAGAGAACAAGGAGGAUAUUAGCCAAUAUGGCAUUGCCAGGUUCUUCACUGAAUAUUUUAACAGCGUGUGCCAGGGAACUCAUAUUCUCUUUCGGGAAUUCAGCUUCAUCCAAGCCACACCCCACAAUAGGGCAUCGUUCUUACGGGCCUUCUGGAGAUGCUUCAGAACUGUGGGCAAAAAUGGUGAUUUGCUGACCAUGAAAGAAUAUCACUGUUUACUGCAAUUACUGUGCCCUGACUUCCCGCUGGAGCUCACACAGAAAGCAGCCAGGAUUGUGCUCAUGGAUGAUGCCAUGGACUGCUUGAUGUCUUUUUCAGAUUUCCUUUUUGCCUUCCAGAUCCAGUUUUACUACUCAGAAUUCUUGGAGAGUGUGGCUGCCAUCUAUCAGGACUUGCUGUCUGGCAAGAACCCCAAUACAGUGAUUGUACCAACGUCAUCCAGCGGGCAGCACCGCCAACGACCUGCCUUGGGAGAGGCUAGCAUGCUGGAGGGAGUGGAGGCGUCACUGUUCUACCAGUGCCUGGAGAACCUGUGUGACCGGCACAAGUACAGCUGCCCACCCCCAGCGCUUGUCAAAGAGGUCCUCAGCAAUGUUCAGAGACUGACCUUCUAUGGAUUCCUUGUGGCUCUCUCAAAGCAUCAUGGAAUUAACCAAGCCCUAGGAGCUUUGCCUGACAAGGGGGACCUGAUGCAUGACCCAGCCAUGGAUGAGGAGCUGGAACGUCUGCUGGUCCAGGUCCCAGGCCUGGUCAACUCAGUCAGUGCCAGCCCAGAAGCCAGCUGCCUGCCUUCCCGAACCCCUCCCCGGGUUGCCUCCCCCUGGAGACCCCUCCAUCACUCCCGCAAAGUGGAUGCAGAGAGCGAUGGCUCCACUGAAGAGACAGAUGAGUCUGAGACUUGA